AUGAUUAUUAUGGGUGACUUCAACUCUGAUUUGAGCUGCAGUAAUUUUUACGGUAAUCAGCUACGUAGACUAUGUGUUGGUUUUAAUUUGCAUAUUGUUACUUAUCAAGUGACGCAUCACCUGGAAAAUUCUGAUACCUGGAUCGAUGUCUGUAUCGUCAAUAAUGCAGCAAUGGUCCUGUCUUCUGAGCAGUCUGCCCAGCCGUUCUUGUCUGAUCAUGAUUUGAUAUCUGUUACAUAUAACUAUAAGGUAGAGCAGCAGAGAUUCAGAAGUUUCACGUAUCGGAGCUGGCACAGUAUUGACGGUGAUGUGUUAGCACGGCUGUUUGAUGGAGUCAACAUUGAAGAUAUGGAAUCACAAACGACUGUGGAUAAUAUGAAUACCUGGUUUCAUCAGCAACUUCGUCGGAUUACUGACAUUGCUGCUCCUGAAAGAACGAUACAUCUUCGUAGUCCCCCGGCGCCAUGGUUUACUAGUUACAUCAGGGAUUUUCAAGCUGUACAGGAUCUUCAGGAGAACUGA